CCUUUCGCCUCCUCCAUCACGUGAUCAUCUGCUUCUCCGCUUUGCCCCCUCCUGCUGCCCUGCCCGUCUACAGCGCCCUACAGCCUACAGCUAGGCGGCGACUCGCCUCCGCCAACGCCGCCGCCGAGGCCAAGCCCUCCGACUCGCUUCCUCAUCCGUGGACCCACUCCUCCUUCCCCUUCUUCCGAGGGACAUUGGACUGAUCCUCGCCGCGCCUUAAAACCCUAGGUUGUUGGUGGCGGCGGCGGCCGUCGGCAGGCUGGUGGGCGGCCCUCCAUCUCCAUGGAUUCCGGCGACGCGCAUGAACGGAUUCGCAAGGAAAGAGGUUUUCGGAGGAGCGAUCCGAGCAGAGAUAGCCCACCUCGUCGAGCAGGCUCAGAUGCUCAUAGGCACGGGAGAGACAGGCCGACCCACCGCGUCCCCGCCAAGCGCGUCAAGGAUGAAUUGCCAGAGUCGUCGGAGCCGCCGCGGUCGUCACGGCUAAAGGCUGUGGUGCCCCGUCCUCUUCAGGACAGAGAUGAGCAAUUCGUCUGGCCAUGGAUGGGUGUGCUGGUCAAUGUGCCUACCGAGUGGAAAGGCGGCCGCCAGGUUGGGGAAAGUGGCAACCGCUUGAAGGAGCAGCUCUCUCGAUUUUGCCCCCAGAAGGUUAUUCCUUUGUGGAAUCACAGAGGCCACACGGGAUAUGCUAUCGUUGAGUUUGGAAAAGACUAUGCUUGCUUCUGUAACGCCUUUAAGUUUGAAAAUCACUUUGAGGCAGAAGGAUACGGCAAACGGGACUGGGAGGCACGCAUGCAUCGAGGGUCGGAUCAGAUGUUUGGAUGGGUUGCAAGGGCGGAUGAUCAAAGAACUCCGGGACCAAUCGGGGAGCAUCUGCAAAAAAAUGGUGAUUUGAAAACUGUCGCGGAACUUGAGAAUGAAGGAACACGCAAAACCGACAAACUGGUAGCUAAUUUAGCCAGCCAAAUUGAGGUAAAGGCCAAGCAUGUCCAAGAACUUGAAUGCAAGUACAAUGAGACGACCAACUCACUUGACAAGGUGAUCGAAGAAAAGGAGCAGGUCCUCCAGAGAUACAAUGAUGAAAUACACAAGAUGCAGCAACUUGCUCGUAAGCAUUCUCAGAUGAUUGUCAAUGAGAAUCAGAGGCUCCGUUCAGAGCUGGAGUCCAAGAUGCAGGAUCUUGAAAUUAAAUCCAGGCAGCUUGAUGAACUUGCUGUGCGCAGUGACUCGGACAGAAGGAACCUUGAGAAAGAGAAGGAAAAGAACGAGCUGAAAGCAAAAUAUCUUAAGAUGGCAACAUUGGAGCAACAGAGGGCGGAUGAAAAUGUGCUGAAGCUUGUGGAAAAACACAAGAGGGAGAAACAAGCUGCUCUAAAUGAGAUUAUCAAGUUAGAGCAGAAACUGGAUGCCAAGCAGAAGCUUGAGCUAGAAAUAAAACAGAUGCAGGGAAAAUUGGAAGUGAUGAAGCAUAUGCCAGGUGUGGAAGACUCCGAAUCAAAAAGGAAGAUAGAUGAACUUAGUGCCGAGCUUCAGGACAAGUAUGAUGAAAUGGAUGCAAUGGAAUCGCUCCACCAUACUCUACUUAUGAAGGAAAGGAUAAGCAAUGAUGAGUUGCAAGAUGCUCGGAAGAAGCUAAUAGAUGGUUUGCGGGAUCUUACAACUGGCCGAGGAAUUAUAGGAAUUAAAAGAAUGGGUGAUCUUGAUCUGAAAUCAUUUGCGAUUGCUUGCAAAAAUAAAAUGUCAAAAGAAGAUGCAGCCGUUACUGCUUCCCUUCUUUGUUCAAAGUGGGAGGAGGAGAUUAAAGAUCCAGAAUGGCACCCUUUUAAAGUUAUCAUGGAUGAAGGCAAAGAGAAGGAAAUUCUCCGCGAGGAUGAUGAGAAGCUGCGAGAACUGAAAGAAGAGUAUGGCGAAGAAGUGUAUGGCUUGGUAACAAAGGCUCUGCUUGAAGUUAACGAGUAUAACCCUAGUGGCCGCUAUCCUGUACCCGAGCUGUGGAACUUCAAAGAGAAGAGGAAAGCAACUCUCAAAGAAGCUGUCCAGUACGUCCUGAGACAGUGGCGCACACAGAAGAGGAAGCGCUGAGCCAAGAUAUCUAGAUUCCUGAAGUAGUGAACAAGAAGUGCGUUUCUGUUAUUUACUCAUGAAUGUAUAUUGGGGUUUCGUUGGAUUAUCCAGACUUGUGUAGCAUUGACAUGAAUGCUGGUACUUGGAGAUUGUGAACCGCCCUUUUAGGAUAAUCUAUUUCGUGCCAAGCUAUGUGCUAUGAAUGAAACGGCUACUAGUUUGUUGA